AUGACAGACGCCCUGCGGCUCUCAGCGAAAAUUGUUGAUGCAGCAAAAACUCAGUUCAGCAGCGGAGAGAGAGCCCCUCCUUUGUUUGCUGCUGCUGCUGCUGCUGCUGCUGCUCCUGCUCCUUACUGCUUUGACCCCUACAGCAGCUCAAACCACCUCUCAGCAGCAGCAACAACAACAGCAGCAGCAGCUGCAGGAGGGGGACCGGAAGGACAUGGGCAGCAGCAGCAGCAGCAGCAGCAGCGUGAAGCAAACAGAGAGGAGGAGUUGCAUGUAUUACGUGCUGCGUUAGGGCAGCGUUUUGCUUCUGCUGCUGCAGCAGCAGCAGGUGGAGGUUCCGCUGGCGGUGGAGGGGGUUCUGCUGCAGCAGCAGCAGCAGCAGCAGUAGCAGCAGCAGCAGCAGUACAAAGCCAGCGCGGAAGACAGCGCGAGUGUAUAACUAUUGUAAGCACACUGCAGCAAGCAGCAGCAAAAGGAGAAGAAGUAAGUCAAGUGCUGCCUGAGUAUCUGACAAGACCUGUUGCUGUUCAGCUAGGGUUAGCAGCAGACAGCCAAGCCCAAGGUGUGCAGCGGCUGCAGCACCUGCAGCAGCAGCUGCAGCACAACCUUUUGCCCGCUACAAGCAUAGAUGCAGCAGCAGCAGCAGCAGCAGCAACAGCAGCUGCAGCAGCUGCAGCAGAGAACAAACUCCUUCACCGCUUGCUGCUGCGCCCCCAAGAGAAAGGUUCAAGGCAACUUAAAGAUAAGCCGCAUGCAGCAUUUGCUGCUCUGCUGCAGCAGCAGCGCCGCAGCAUCAGCAAGCCAGAGGUGCUGCAGGGGUGGGCAGCACCUCUAUCUCCUCGCUUUCAGCGCAGCAGCAGCAGCAACAUGGACGGCGUGCCCCAGGCAAAUGCUCCGCAUACAUUUGCUGCUGGUUGGCUACGCACCAAACCCUGCAGCAGCAGCAGCAGCAGCAGCGGGGGUGCUCAAGGAGGGCAAGACGCUGCAGCAGCAAAGCAACCUAGUGCCGGGCGUAUUAUCAUUCGCAGCUUGAGAGCAGCAGCAGCAGCAGCAGCAGCAGCAGCCUCAGGAGCAGCAGCUGCAGCAGCCGCAGCGACGGCAGGACCCUCUGCAGUAGCUGCAGCAGCAAAAGCAACAACAACAACAGCAGCAGCAGCAGCUGGUUUGUGCAAGUUGUGUUUAUUUGCAGCAAUGACUCUCCCUGCUGGAGGGACUCAGCGGGAGAAAGCACCAGCGGUGGAGCAGCAGCAGCAACCGAGAGGCCGGGGAGGUGGGCGAAGACUCGAGGUCCUCUCUGCAAUUCCUCCUCCUAUGGACGAAGAAUCUGAUGCUGCUGCUGCUCCUCUAGUGCGUACAAUAAGAGCAGGGAAGACGGGCCCUAUAGUUACGGAGCUGCAGUUUGAAGAGUCUGCUGCUGCAGCAGCAGCAACAGCAGCAGCAGCAAGGAAGAAGAAACCCUCAGUAGAAGCUGCAGUACAAACUGCACCGCCGGAGCCAAACCCCGUACCUAAAGCCCCUCCGCAAAGGGCAGCCCCCCCCCGCAGCAGCAGAAGCAGCAGCAGCAGGAGCAGCACCGGCGACGGUGUGUGGCUGUCUUCUUCUUCUGAAGACUCCGUUACGUCAUUUCCUUUAAGUGCUUCAGAUUCUGAAGCAGAAGAGUCUGCUGCUGCUGCUGCUGCUGCUCCUGCUUCUGCUGCUGUUACUGCUGAACACUGCAGCAGCAGAAGCAGCAGCAACGACCCGACAGAUCCUGAAGAGCAGCUGCUGCAGCAGUGGCAGCAAGCACUUGAUGUGUAUACGCAGCUCUACUAUGGGCCUUUAGAGGAGGUGCUGCUGGGGCUGCCGCAGCGCUGGCUGCCUCUCUUAGAUCCUGCUGCUGCUGCUGCUGCUGCUGCUGCUGCGGGUGGGGUGGAUGUGCUUGAUGCCUUGGGGAGAGGGAAACAUGCAGCAGCAGCGCAGCAGCAGCAGCAGCAGCAGCAGCUGGAGACGAACCCUUACAUCUUCAUGCUACAGGGCGUGGGGCCAGCAGCAGCAGCAGCAGCAGCAGCAGCAGCAGACAGAGGCGUGCCGUCUGCUGAGCUUCCUGCGUUGGGGUGUACGGAGCAGCAGCAGCAGCAAACUGCGCAAGAAGAUGAAGCAGCAGCAGCAGCAGCAGCAACAAUUGAGGCCUCCAUGAAGUUUUACUUUGGUGCAGAUUAUAAAAAAUAUAUAGGGGGAGAUCCUUCUGCUGCAGCACCUGUUCUAGACCUUGCUGCUGCUGCUAAUGCUGCUGCUGCUGCUGCUGCGGAGGGGGAUGCCGACCCGCAGCAGCAGCAGAUGAUAUGGGCGCACAUGAUGCAGCAGCAGCUGCUGCAGCAGGAAAUGUUACUGCAGCAGCAGCAGCAGCUGCUGCUGCAGCAGCAAGUAGAGCAGCAGGAGGCUGCUGAUGAUGCAUCACCCUCCUCACCGGCGGUAUCCACGAGCAGCAGAAGCAGUAGCAGAAGCAGCAGCAGCAGCAGAACCAGCAGCAGCAGCAGCAACAGCAGCAAGUGGAGAACACAAAUGAAGCGUUUGCUGCCGGCGCUGCAGCAAAUGGGGAGGCAGCAGCAUAGGCCGAUAACACGAGGAGGCAAGCGAGCGCAACCGAGGCUGAGAAAUACCCUAGACGACGGCUAUUCGUCUCUGGAUGAAGAAGAGCAACAGCUGCUGCUGCUGCUGUCCCCAGAAAGACAUCCGCCCCACAGCAGCAGCAACAGCAGCAGCAGCAACAGCAGCAGCAGCAGGGGUUGGGGUCGGCCACUCAGAGGCAGACGAAGUGCAUGCGGAGGAAGAGGGUUUCGUCAUACAGAUGCUUCUUAUUUAUCUCCUUUGGCUGUCAGCAGGCGUCUAAACUUGCGUCGUCCUGCUGCUGCUGCUGCAGCUGCUGCUGCAGCAGAGGGCAGCGAGGAGGGGGACGUGCUGCAGCAGCAACUCACGCCGGAGGAAACAGCUGCAGCAGCAAACAGCAUGAAGAGCAAACUGUCUGCAUUAGAUAAACAAAUUAUCCACUUCCUUCGCUGUGCGCAGCAAGAAGACACGCAGCAGCAGCAGCAGCAGCAGCCGCAGCAGCAGCAGCAGAAGGAGCAGCAGGAGGAGGAGGAGGAGGAGCAGCAGCAGCAGCAAGUUCGGGUGAAGGCGCAGCUAAGCGAAUUACUUAGAGCGAGAGAAGCGGUGCUCAAGGCUGUGAACAUAAGGCGUCGCAUAGCAGCAGCAAAUCAGUCAAGGGAUAUUAAAAGAGCUGCUGCUGCUGCUGCUGCUGCUGCUGCUGCUAAACAGAAGGAUAUGCUUCCUGCAAAGCUGCUGCACGCGCUCUUACAGGAGGAGCAGCAACAGCAGGGUGAGCAGCAGCAGCAAGACACGGAAGAAGAAAAAGACCCGCAGCAGCAGCAGCAGGAGGGGGAGCAGCAGCAGCAGCAGCAGCAGCAGCAGCAUGAGGAGGAACAGCAGCAGCAGGGGAAAUAUGGUGGACAUGAUUUAGAAACAGCAGCAGAAGGGCUUUUUGCUGCUGCUGCAGCUGCCGACAACUUGCGGCCCAGAUCCAGAACAGGCGGGUCUUCAAGGGCUCGUUUGCAGUCUCCGCACUUUGGUCUUUCUUUAGACAGCAGCAGCAGCGAGGAAGACCUGCGGGUACGUGCAGCAGCAGCAGCAGCAGCAGCAGCAACAGCAACAGCAGCAGAAGGGGGAGCAGCAGCAGCACCGGUACUGGAGAAUCACAUAUGGCCUUCCGUUGAAAAGUUGUCUGCGCAGCUGGGGCUGAGGCGGCCUGGAGACAAAGCAGCAGCAGCAGCAGCAGCAGCAGCAGCAAGCGAUGCUGCAGAACUGUUGCAGCAGCUGCAGCUGCAGCAGCAGCAGCAAACCUCUUCCUUCCCCUCAUCGUUCUCCUGGGAAGAGGAUCCGAUCCCCACGCUGCGGCCCCGCAGAAGAGUUGAAGAGCUCGCCAAACAUCUACAGCAGCAGCAGCAGCAGCAGCAGCAGCAGCAGCAGCAACCACAGCAGCAGCAGCAGCAGCUAGAAGCUGCUGCAGGGCGGUCCUUCUCUUGGGAAGAGGAACCGAUCCCCACGCUGAAGUCACGCACUCCUUUAGCAGCAACCCUAGACCAGCAGCAGCAGCAGCAGCAGCAGCAGCAGCAGCAACAGCAACAGCAGCAGCAGCCGGAAGAAGGAGCUGCAGCAGCACUCCCUCCUACGCAGCGCCAUCCCUUUUUAAAAAAGAAGUCCGGAGUAGGGGGAGGAAAAUAUAGUAAAACUGCUGCCAGCUAG